GGUCGGAGGAAGAGAUUAUAGAGAACUUCCUAUUUAAUGUGGACCCAAGUCUCGGUAGGAAAGUUAAGGAAGCUCGACCGAAGGAUGGGAAAUGGACUAUGUACAAGAAGAACCUCGUUGAGCUUUACAAAUUGGACGAUAAGAAGUAUUCCAUCAAGGACCUUGAAACAAUGACUCAAGAUGAAGAUGAGAGCGUACGGGCAUUUGGGAUGCAUUUCCAGAAGAUCUCCAACGUGCUGAUGAAGAAGGGGAAGAUCUCAGAGGUCGAGCGUUGUACCAUCUUCGUCGGACACUUGUCCAAAGGUAGGCAAAAGAGUAUACUUAGAGAUCUUCUGCGCGACAGGCUUGAUUUCCCAGAAGUCCUAAAGCUCGCGAUAAAGGCAGAGGCAGACGAUUACAAGGACUUGGUGUGGAGAGGGAUGAGGAGCCGUGACUUCUCUCUCUACAAGGAGUAUGCCACUGAUAGAUGUCCUGAUUUCAAGGACUAUCCCUGGUCGGAGAAGAAUGAGGGUGUGGCUGAGGAAGUGAAGGAGACACGAGACAUGGUGAAGGGAUUGACGAAACAGGUUACAGAGGUUGUGACCACUACAGGGGCCACGGCCUACCGGGACAAACCUGGAGGGCCCUAUUCACUUCGCUGGGACCAUAGGAACAACGAUUCCUGGAGGAGUGUAGAGGAUAGAAAUCCUCGGACGCUGACUGAUUAUCGUACGAGGGGAAGAGAGAGAGACGAUGAACCAUGGCGACGUAGGGAUGAUGAGAUAGACCGAGAUCGCAGAGAUCGCAAGCCGUUUGCGCGAGCAAGGAGUCUGGAUGAUUACUCGCGAAGCCCUCGCUAUAAGGCCGAUCGGGGUAGAGGCGACUCCCGCGGCCAAUGAGAGACAGAUCAGGGCCGACGAGAUGGAUAUAGGGACGACAGAUACGAGAGAUCGGACGGAGAUGGAUAUAGGGACGA